AUGGCGGCCGGAUCUCACAACUUUGCCCUCCUCUGCGCCCUCCUCUUCGCCGCUUCCGCCUCCGUCUCCGCCGCCGGUGGUUGCUCCUCCGACAAAUUCUCCUCGAACCGCACCUUCGCCCACUGCCUCGACCUCCCCCAACUCAACUCCUCUUUGCACUUCACCUAUGAUUCCGCCGCCCGCAGCUUGUCGAUCGCUUUCGUGGCUCCACCGGAUAAGCCCGAGGGGUGGGUCGCGUGGGCCAUCAACCCGACCGGAGGCGGCAUGAGGGGGAGCCAGACCUUGAUCGGGUUCCACCAGGCCGACGGGACGCUGGCGGUGAAGACCUACAACAUCUCUGGGUACGGCCCGAUCUCGGAGGCCCCGAUCGCGUUCGAUACUUCGGAUCUCGCGGCGGAGUUGUCCGGAGGCACGAUGAGGAUCUUCGGGAAGUUGGUGCUGCCCAAGGAGAUGACGACGACGACGGUGGAGCAGGUGUGGCAGGUCGGAGAGACCGUGGCCAACGGCGUGCCUCAGAAGCACAGGUUCGACAAAGAGAACCUGGAGUCCAAGGGGUUUGUGGAUCUCAGCAAUGGCGUGAUCGUUCCAUCUCCGGCUCCCGCUCCGGCUCCGGCCGCAAACUGUACCUCUCCCCCUGCCCCUGCCCCCUCCGCUUCAGGAAGCAACAAAAUCAAUGUGAAUGGAAUUGGUACCGCUGUGGCUUUGAUGGUUUCGCUUGCUGCUGGAUUUCUAUUUUAUUAA